AUGCGAGCACCUCCAUUAGACCCUGAAGAUGUUGAGCCGGAAUCUUACGUUUUCUAUGUUGAAAAUGUUAUUCUGAUUCUUGCCGGAACUAUUUAUCUGCUUCUCUCUCGUAUCGGAUUGCUAUCCGCUAAAAAACGGCGCCCUGACUGUCAGCACUACCAAUUUCCGAUUACUAUUGUGGAAGCGUGGUGGAUUAAGAACGCUGUUUUUCUGAUUGGUUAUCCCCUUGCUAUUAUCUAUUCUCAAUCAUGUAUGGGACGUUUCACGGCACUGCUCUUAUUCAUUGACAUUUUGCUAUCAUUUUGUUGGAUUCCAACUGAAAUUUUUAAUUGCCAUCAUGGCGUCUCGCUCCUUGAAAUUUUCCUCCGACUUGUCAAAAACUUCUUCAUCGCAUUUGUCUUAAUAACCUGGAGUGUUUAUGGAGCCAAUGACAAAGUACUCACCUAUUCCCAGAUUUUCACUACUAUUGUCGGACUAUCUCUGUUCUUUUACGGAUUGAGGACGAAACUGAUAAACUACCGACCGGUGGCAUUCUUCCCAUACAAUGAUUCUCAGACUUGGCCUGGUAGACCUGACUUCGAGAACGCGACUUCCCCACAACUUUUCGGUGAGGCAGUUCAAUGGAUAGCUUUCCACAUGAUCUCAGGAUCCUAUGCUUCUUUCGGAUAUGCUUGCUACAAGUUUCUGAUCGCUUAUGCUAGAGCACAUCUUCGCCACGAAUGGUAUCUCGAGAAUGUUCCCGAUUACCCAAGACAACGAGCAAUGUUCAUUCCACGCCUUGUUUGA